GGCCUUUAGGACCCGGGAGCGCUCGGCUGGCAGCCCGACGGCCCAAAAUAGACUCUUCCCUCCCCCCGCCCUCGGCCAGGCGCCGGUCAUGGACUCGGGGCGAGCCGGACGCCCCGGGGCAACCGAGGCCGCCCCGUCGGCACCGCCUCCGUUUGCGCACGUCGCCCCCUCGCUCUUCCUCGGGAACGCACGCGCCGCGGCAGCGUCGGAGCUGCUGGUGCGGGCAGGCGUCACCCUGUGCGUCAACGUCUCGCGCCAGCAGCCCGGCCCGCGCGCACCCGGCGUGGCCGAGCUGCGCGUGCCCGUGUUCGACGACCCGGCCGAGGACCUACUGGCGCACCUGGAACCCACCUGUGCCGCCAUAGAGGCUGCGGUGCGCGCCGGCGGCGCCUGCCUCGUCUAUUGCAAGAACGGCCGCAGCCGCUCGGCCGCUGUCUGCACCGCCUACCUCAUGCGGCACCGUGGCCUCAGCCUGGCUCAAGCCUUCCAGACCGUGAAGAGUGCGCGCCCCGUGGCCGAGCCCAACCCUGGCUUCUGGUCUCAGCUUCAGCAGUACGAGGAGGCCCUGCGGUCCCAGCUGCCCGGGGCGUCCUUGGUUUCAACAGCACUGAGCCCAGGCCUGAUGUCCUGCAGCCACCGGCACGCCAGCAAUGCCCCGGCCACCUGUGCAUCUGACCUGUUCACGCCUCUUCUGGUUCACAUGCACCUCACCUGGGCAUCCGAUGGUCUAAGGACUAGACUAGAAAAUGUGUCACCAUCAACACUUCUUAAAUGAGGCAGUGGGGAAAAGAAAAGGAAAAACUGGGCAACACAUACGCACUUCAGAUAAUAUACUUCCUGGUUAAUAUGUACAAAAACAUACAGAACACGAUAAUGAAUAAAAUACUGUAGCUGGUGUCUCA